CCUAUCACCAGGCGCAUGCAUGUACGGAGACGUUUUUUCUCUAGAUGACCCCACACUUCCUGUCUUCUACAAAAUGGCUCUUGGUGUGUUCGUCUAUUUUCCUCAGACACUUAUUGCGGCCAUGUUGUUGGAGACCGGAGUCCUGUGACCUGUAUCAGUUGUGACAGUUUAUGUCUACUACCUCUCUCUUCCUCUGAUCUCAUCUCCUUCACCUGUUCUCUUCAUCCUCUCCUGUCACCUGCUCACUGCUCUGCCCGGGGGAAACUUCCUGCGUGUGCUGGUCUGCUGUGGUAACCCCUUGUGUGCUGGUCUGGUGUUUGAGUGAUUUUCCAUGGACCUGUUUGGACGAAUCUUCAACACUGUAAAUGCAGUGAGCAACCUGUUUACAAAUCCUUAUAAGGUUAGAGAGGUGCCUCUCCUGGACUAUGUUGGUUGCCCGAGAAUCAGAGAAGAUGGACGGCUCCUGCUUUACAAAGGCAAAACUUCAAGAUCAUGGGACUGUCUUUUAGUUAACCCACUGACACCACAAAAUGCCUACCGCCUCUUUCAGUUGGAUUCAGAGACAGAGGCCGUACAGAAAUUUCAUGAAUACACAAUCAAAUUGCGUCCUUUUUAUGAAAGUGCAAGGCAAGGACUUCGGCUAGACACUGUCCAGCAGCUUACAGACUUUCUGCGCAGCCAUCCCAAUUGGUCUUUGGCACAUGUGGCAGUCGAGAUGGGACUUCGCGAAAGCUUUAGACAUAAUGGCAUUCUAAGGAGUGUAAAUAGCACAGAGUGUGAUGGAGGCUGCACCCCACUUCAUCUGGCCUGCAAGAAGGGCGAUGUUGAGUGCAUUCAGGAGCUAGUAGAAGACUGUCAGGCUCGGCAAGACAUAGCUGACUUGAAUGGAGAAACUGUGUUUCACUAUGCAGCUCGUCAAAAUAACCCUUCUGUCAUUGAGAUCCUGUGCUCUACUCCAACUGUUGGUAUUAACCAUCUGAGUAAUAGCAAAGAGACUCCAUUGCAUGUGGCCUGCCGAAUGGGCAAAUCUGAAUCGGUAUUGGCAUUGCUACGUUGCCAUGCUCAUUGCGAUAUUGUUGGAAACGAUGGAUACCCAAUUCAUACAGCAAUGAAGUACUCAAUGAAAGGAUGUUCAGAAGCAAUUCUGGAUUUUACUGCCACCCAAGCGCAUGCUGAAGAUCCUCGAUAUGGGGCGACUCCACUUCACUGGUCAAAGAAUGCAGAGAUGUCUCUAUUGUUGCUUAAUCGUGGUAGCAAUGUGAAUGCACUCAGCAGGACAUCAGAAACCCCACUACACAUAAUGGUGAAGAGAGAUCGAUUUGAUUGUGCCAUGGUUCUCUUAACUCAUGGAGCCAAUCCCAACUCCAAGGGAGAGCAUGGAAACACCCCUCUGCACCUUGCCAUGAAGAAGGAUCAUCUGGAGCUAAUUAAAGCUCUCAUCGUUUUCGGGGCCAAUGUGGAGCAACCAAACGACUUUGGGGAGACACCGGGACUCCUGGCAGCGCGGUCCAGCAAAGGAUCUAAUCGCAAGGUGCUGCUCGACAUGCUUUAUAACGUAGGAGCACAGCGCUGUUUUCCCCCUGAUACCCAACUUCCGCCAGCUGCCUCCCAAUCCACAGCAGCGCUACCCAUGGACACAAGUAGAGGCAUAGGAUUCCAGGACAUGAUCUAUGUGUCCACUGCACUAAGCAGCAUGCUGGCAUCAGGUGACACUGUGGAUUUCAUGGAAGAUGGCCUAAGAGUACAUGACAGGCUCCUGUGCUUGGAUGGAGGAGGCAUCCGGGGGCUUGUUCUUAUUCAGCUGCUUAUUGCCAUAGAGAAGAUGGCGGGGCGACCCAUCCGGGAGAUCUUUGACUGGGUUUCUGGUACUAGCACAGGAGGUAUCUUGGCACUGGCCAUAGUGCAUGGAAAAUCAAUGGAAUACCUCCGCUGUUUAUAUUUCCGCAUGAAGAAUGAAGUUUUCUGUGGCUCACGCCCCUAUGAGUCUGCCCCACUGGAGGAGUUUCUUAAAAAAGAAUUUGGGGAACAAACAAAGAUGACAGAUGUGACACACCCUAAGGUAAUGGUAACUAGUACAAUGUCAGAUAGAAAUCCAGCUGAGUUGCAUUUGUUCCGAAACUAUGUUCCACCCGAAACUGGCCGAGAUCCAACAUUCAAGAGUGUUGCCUCUUUCCGUCCUGUGACAAGGCCAGAAGAGCAACUGGUGUGGCGUGCAGCUCGUUCCAGUGGUGCCGCUCCCACGUAUUUUCGCCCUAUGGGUCGCUUCCUGGAUGGUGGGCUGCUUUCAAAUAAUCCCACCCUAGAUGCCAUGGCAGAGAUCCAUGACUACAACACGUGCAAGAAGCGUCAGGGUCAAAGUGAACAGGUUAAGAAAUUAAGUGUGGUGGUUUCAUUGGGAACUGGAAAGCCCCCCCAUAUUCAGGUUGGCAGUGUUGAUGUGUUCAGACCGUCUAACCCAUGGGAGGUAAUGAAGACUGUGGUCGGAGCAAGAGAACUAGGCAAGAUGGUGGUGGAUUGUUGUACAGAUUCAGAUGGUCCAGCUGUGAAUAGAGCCCGAGCGUGGUGUGAAAUGAUAGAUGUUCAUUAUUUCAGAUUAAGUCCACAGUUGCAAACAGAUGUGAUGCUGGAUGAAGUUAGUGAUGCAGUGUUAGUUAAUAUGCUGUGGGAUACACAAAUCUAUAUCUACCAACAGAGGGAAGAAAUUCAGAAACUGGUCAGACUAUUACUUGAGCCUUGACUACUACAUUUGGAAACACUAUGAAGUAUGAUCAUCUCCGUUCACACUGCUAAACAAAGAGGGAGUUAAUCAACAUCUAGAUGAAUUAAAAUGCCUUUAAAGGUUUCCCUGAUCAUCAGAUUUUAACAUCUCUGAAACUAUUGCAUAUCCUGGAGCACAGACCGAGUACAAAGAAGAUUGCUACCUGCAUCCCAAGACUGCAGAUGAUCAGUCCUACUACCCACAUUUCAUAACUUCUGUGACAGCAUCGUUGGAAGGGUAUAAACUGUUCAAAAGGCAAGAGGUGGCCUUCUCUCUUGAUGCAUACGUAUCGCUAGGUGUUUUCUUUAUUCCAAAUCUGAUACUUCGAAAACUUAACAGCUCUGGUGUUAACCACUUAUGUUUAUUACAGGGCAUUAUUAAUGAUAUCAUAGCUCUAGUGAAGAUCCUCAGUUUUAUUAGUAAUGAGUUUUUUUAUUAUGCACUUAUUUCCCUAUUGUUGUUACCUACGCCCUAGUGCAGGGGUAUUGAAUAAAAAUUCACAGAGGUUCGAGGUUUCUUCUAUCCGAGGUCCGAAUGAAUCGCCUUUUUGUGCGAUGACUCAGAUUAUUUACGUCACAGCCCCCUCCUCUAAAAUCACAAUCUUGUUUUCCUCAGUCCCGUUUACAUCCCCAUUUUGCACCUCCCCAGCUCUGCCCCCAUUCACACUGCAGCACCUAAGCCACCCCCAUUCACAUUGCUGCCCCCCCCUGUCAAAUUGCGGCCCACCUAAGGUUUGCCCCCCAUUAAUAUUGCAACCCCCCUCAACUCUGCCCCCAUUCAUUUUUUAGCCCCCCCCCCCUCAGCUCUGCUCCUCACAUUUACAUUGCAGCCCCCCUCAGCUCUGCCCCAUUCACAUUACAGAUCCCCCACUAAAUCUGGCCCCCCUAUUUACAUAGACCCCUCAACUCCGCCCUUCACUCCUACCUUUCUCGGGUAUACAGAGCAGGAGGCAAGACAGCUCUAGACGGUGGGAGAAACCGCAGCUUUGGAUGAAGGGCAGGAGCAGGAACUGCCAGGGUUACCUUUUCAAGUGUCCCAGCAGGUGAUGGGUUGCUAGGACCGCCCUUCAUCCUGACAACCAAUCACCUGCUGGGACACUUGAAAACUCCAGCAGUCCCUGCUCUCCAUCCAAAGCUGCUUUGCCUCCCGGUCUCUGUCUAGCAUUGUCCCACGGCUGCCAUGCUGUGAUGACAGCGGCGACGAAGAACCAGCUCUGGAUGGGACAGUGACUCGGUCCACAUCUGACCCGUGGUCCGCUAUUUAGUGAUGCCUGCCCUAGUGGAUUCUUUAUCGGAAUAUCUUAUGCAUCCAGCUGGCCCAGUUGACCCAGUUAACUCCUAAAGCUAAAAACAAUUUUUCAUAAGAGCAUGAGGAGAUCUAAAAUCAAGACACUUCAAAGUCCUUGAAGGGGCUCAAACUUAAUCACACUUAAUCACACUCCUGCCAAAAUAAUUUUGUCUAUUGUUAGUAGAAUUGCCCUUAACUUAAAAUAACUGGAAUGUAUGUCUUCUGUUGUAUAAUCAUUAAAGAAGAACUCUAGUUAGAUUGAUUUUAUAGUUUGCAAUUCGCUCUAGUUUUUAUUGAGGUCUGUGUCACCAAUGGGGAGUUUCCCCCUCCUUUACAACCUGAACACAAACGGCAAUAAAAAUGUGACAUUGGCUAUGACAUUUUCUCAGCGCAAAGGCAUAAGUAACAUUUCUGGCUGUAGUUCCAUAUAAAUGGCAUCGACAUUAGUCUAUUUUUCAAUUUUAAUAUGAAAGAGUGUUGGUUUUAGGUGGUUCCCAAAUGGCACACACAACACCAGUCUCACUUUCAAUGCGUUAGCAAUCUAUGGACAGUAGAGGUAUAAUUUAUUUUUUCUGUUUUAUUGAAAAUUUAAUUUUAUAGAAGGAAUGUGUGACGAUGAGCUAAUUGAACAACUCCACUGAAAAGCUUUUUUUGAUUUUAUGAGUUCGGGUUGUAUUGCUCUGAAGAGAUUUUCACAGUGACAGUGAUUUACCAAUGACAAAUAGGCUGUUUACUGUGCAAGGGAAUUUUUACUUGGUAGGGAAACUUUUACUUAGAUUAGUGAAGGAGGAAAAAUACUGUUUUUCUUGACGAUUGGGUAUUCUUUACUCAAGUGAAUUUCCACCACGUUUGCUAAGCAAAUGGAAAAUUAUUUUGCAAAGUAAACAGCCUGUUUGCCUUUAGUAAAUCAACCCCAUGUCAAAACUGCUUUGUGGAUCCAAUAAACAAUGGAUUUAUUGUAUAUACUAAGUGUAGAGAUUGCAUCCUGUCAACAAAGGGCAAUAUGCCCACAGUUAUUUUAGUUUACUAUUUGGAAGAUCUCAAACUAUUGCUGCUCUUUUAUCAACAUAUAUUAAUUUGUGCUUUAGUAAGAUUGCACUGAUGCUGAUUUAUGUUUAAAUUCUAUAUUAUAAGACUGCUUAGACAUAAUGUAUAAACAGCAUUGUGUGUAUAAUAAAUGCAUUUUAUUUA